AUGGCUGACAUCUAUCCGUUUCAUUCUCCUGAAGAACCUUUGUAUCCAGAUGUGCAAGCUAACUCGAGGAUGAGUUUUCUUCAAGUGGAGGGGACUGAUGAAGAAUGGGCUGUUCUUUCUUACCUUCUUGCUGUGUCAAGCUGUCUCUUAGCUAUGGAUUUGGUUUGGUCAGUUGCUCGAUGUUACACCAAGGGCAAAUAUGAUACAAUAGCUGAUGGGUAA